AACUGUCACUGAAUGUCACCCACUGUCUGGUGAAGAAGAUUGGACGAUUUGUUGCAUAAUAAUUCCUAUUUUUCAAGCAAAUUCGAAGAUGCUGAAGCCUGCGAACGUCCCCGGCUACUUUAAAGCCGUCAGCCAAGUAGUAAGCAAUCAAUUAAACACCGGAAAACAAGUAGCCAUUAUUCCCAAAAAGAAGGUUGUGUUCGUCCCUUGGUCGAGCUCCUCCCCAGCAGCCCUCAGGAAAGCCUUGCCCAAUGGAAACGUUACAAUCUCCACCGGACCGGCGGUCAGUUCCCAAAUCAGGUGGGCCCACACCGACAUCACCGUACCGGACUUCACCGCUUACAGAAAAGAUUCGACGAAGAACCCUAGAGUAAAGUCCAGCGAAACUGAGGAAGGCCGAAAGAAUUACACUUACCUAAUGGCAGGAGCGCUCAGCGUCGGCGCCGCUUACGGUGCUAAAGCUGUAGUUACCCAAUUCGUAAGCUCCAUGAGCGCAUCGGCCGAUGUGUUGGCUUUAGCUAAAAUCGAAAUUAAACUCGCCGAUAUACCUGAGGGGAAAUCGGUUACCUUUAAAUGGAGAGGUAAACCAUUGUUUAUUCGUCACAGGUCGGCUGCUGAAAUUCAAGCCGAACAAUCAGUCGCUGUAUCAUCUCUUCGGGAUCCCCAACACGAUAACGACAGAGUUCAAAACCCGUCAUUUUUAGUAGUAAUCGGAGUGUGCACCCACUUGGGUUGCGUACCGAUCGCCAAUUCGGGAGACUUCGGCGGGUACUAUUGCCCCUGCCACGGUUCCCACUACGAUGCUUCGGGGCGUAUUCGCAAAGGACCCGCUCCUUUGAAUUUGGAAGUACCGCCGUACUCCUUCCCCGAGGAGGGCCUUUUAAUAGUCGGUUAAACUAGCAAAUUUCACUUUAUUUAUUUGUGAUUAUAAGAAAUAAAAACGAUACAAUAUGUUAGCUGUUUCAUUCGACAGUUUGUGUAUAAAUUAAUUUUAAAACGUUGAUAUUUGUAAUGUAAAUUUCUGAAUUAAAUGUUACAUAGUUUUUAAAGAUUAUUUUCAUCUGUAUGUAGGUUUUGAACAAUAAACAUUCAAUUAAG